AUGGCACCAAGAUUUUUGCGGGAGCUCAUCCCCCGUCGAGAGAAGCGUGCCCCUGGCAGUGUAGUUGCUGCGUUGAGGAGUCUCACAUGGAUGCACUGGAUUCAGUUCUGGUCUGGCUGGCUUGCCUGGACAUGCGACGCCAUUGAUUUCUUCGCUGUGUCGCUCACGGUAACUCCCUUGGCGACACAAUUUCAUAAGUCCACGAGUCAGAUCACGACCGCCAUUACGUUGACUCUCUUGUUCCGGCCUGUCGGCGCUAUUAUUUUCGGUAUCUUAUCUGACCGAUUUGGCCGCAAGUGGCCAUUGGUUUACAAUCUCCUUCUCUGCUCUGUCCUUGAGCUCGGAACUGGCUUUGUCAACACGUUUUCACAAUUUCUCGCCGUUCGUGCCCUAUUCGGUAUUGCUAUGGGUGGAAUAUGGGGACUUUCGUCAGCCUCAGCUCUUGAGAACUUGCCCGUUGAACUUCGUGGGAUUGGAAGCGGGGUCUUGCAGGAAGGCUAUGCUGUCGGAUACCUGAUUGCAGCCGUCAUCAAUCUGACCUUGGUAGCCCAGCACGGAUGGCGGGUACUUUUCUGGACUGGAUCAGGCAUCAGCUUUUUUGCUGCAGUCAUUCGGUGUCUUGUCCCAGAGAGCGCGUUCUUCCUGCGUGCCAAAGAACAAGAGAUGGCGAAAGGGACUAAUACCUCGCAGAAAACCAAGAUUUUCAUUCAAGAAACGAAGGAUAUGCUUAAGCGAUUCAACUUCUUGUCUCACGGUUCACAGGAUUUAUAUCCCACAUACAUGGAGGUUACCAAGGGUUUUAGUGCUCACGAUGCCACUGUUGCAACCAUUAUUGGCAAUUGUGGUGCAGUUGCUGGCGGUGUUAUCGCUGGAUGGGCCAGCCAGUACAUCGGACGCCGCCUGACGAUCGUAAUUUUUACGCUUCUCAUCGGAGUGUUCAUUCCAUUAUGGGUUAUACCCACCUCAUUCUCUGCCCUCUCCGCUGGGGCAUUCUGUAUCCAAGUUGGUGUUCAGGGCGCUUGGGGCGUCAUCCCGAUCCAACUGGCCGAGAUGUCCCCGCCAGCUUUCAGAGCAACAUUUCCUGGUGUUGCUUACCAGAUCGGCAACAUGGUAUCGUCAGCGUCAGCACAGAUUGAAGCCACUGGUGGUGCCAACUUUCAGACAACGAUCAUAAAGGACGGAGUUCCUACUCCGGAGCCAGAUUAUGCAACGGUGCAAGCCAUCUUCAUUGGUGUCGUUGCUGCAUUCGUGGUCAUUAUCACGAUCAUUGGGCCCGAAAAUCAUGGCUCGCAUUUCGAGACACACAAGGCCGCUUUCGAAGAAGGAGGUGGAAGAGAUGAUGCUGUGGCGGAUAACGCAUCACAAACGUCAUAUCAUGAAAACGACGAGAAGAGCGGCGCUGCUUAGGCGCCUCCACCACUGCGUAAAUGAUUGUAGUAUUUAUCCACCACAGUUUGAUGACACUUUAAUGGACGAGUUCGCAAUGGCCCAGGAAGCCGGGCUUCCGGUUGAUGCAUCGAUGCUUUAUGUAAUAAUGAUAGCCAAAUUUAGCGCCAAAGGGCUUUGUUGCCAGG